CCUCUCAUAAAUAGCCCUCAUUUCUUUGAGUCCUGCAAUCCGACCACAACCUUCACCAAUCACGAGUCGCGUCCAGCACAUUUGGGGUCUCCAACAAUGACCCUUACCCAGGAUUACGAAGAAGUGCCGUGUACCCCCGUCUCGUUUGAAGACGAUGAAAUAAACAUCGUUGGAGGAGACCACAGUGAUAGCGACCGAGAGUAUUUCAUCAUGCCCUGCAGGGACCCCGAUCACUCAGGGUCCGAGUCUUCAGGAGAGAGCGAGAGCAGCUUCUCCACCGCGUCCGCUCCAAAGCAAACCUCCUCCGUCAAGCCUCCGUAUUCCUACAUCGCCCUCAUAACCAUGGCCAUCCUCCAGAGCCCGAUGAAGAAACUCACCCUCAGCGGCAUCUGCGACUUCAUCAGCAACAAGUUUCCCUACUACAAGGAGAAGUUCCCAGCGUGGCAGAACUCCAUCAGACACAACUUAUCACUCAACGACUGCUUCAUCAAGAUCCCGCGAGAACCUGGGAACCCGGGGAAAGGGAACUACUGGUCCCUGGACCCUGCGUCUGAGGACAUGUUUGACAACGGCAGCUUUCUGCGCAGAAGAAAAAGAUUCAAGAGGAACCAACCCGAGUUCACCAAAGACAACCUGGUGCUCUACCACCACCCAACGUUAAGUUAUCGAGCAUAUGGGCGACCUUACUGCGUUUCUGGGCCUGUGCCAGCCCAGGCUAAUCCUAUUGGAUAUUUGCCAGUGCCGGAUGGCAUCAUGGUGCCCCCUCCAUAUUUCCAGUAUCAGACUCUCAAUAUUAAGGUCCACGAAGCUCCAGAAAUCCAGCAAAGGCCCGAGCCCAAGACCCAGAAGUGUUCGUUCAGCAUUGACAGCAUCAUGGCUAAAUCAACGGCGUUUCCUCACAAAAACUCUCCCCAUCAUCUCACACCUGACUACAGUUAUGCUUUUCCCAGGCCAACAUCAUGUGUGACUCCAAGUUUGGUACCUGUGCCACCAAGGACCCCUCUGCUCAAGACUGUUCCUUUCACAGAAACUCUGCGGAUGGUGUAUCCUCACUGUUGAACUGUCUGGGGGAAAAGAACUCUUGUCAUUUUAAAUAUGCUUGUAACAUAAGAUAUUUCUGUCAUUCCUCUUAUAUGAUAGUUUUAAUGUAAAUAAAUAAAUGGUAAUAUAUUUGCUAGUCCUGGAAAGUGGAUGUAUUAAAUGCCUGUUUAAAUAAACCAUCAUUGUCACAUUUCA